GGGGGCGGGACCGCGGGGCCUUCCUGGUGACGCUGCAGCGGGCCUCUCCUUCCUCCCCGGCCUGCAGGGGACCCAGGGGGUGGCGGCGAGUGGGGUGGCCUGGCCCUCCGCAGCUCGCUCGCGCGCGCGUACCCAGACCUGGCCCCCAUCGCCCUCCCUGAGGCUUCUUCGUUUGACCCCUGCUCCCAGCACUUCCCACUCACGGACCCGAAUCCCUGACCCCGAGAAGGCCUCUGGCUGAGCGAGCCUUACCAUGGAGGACACUGGCGAGGACCCCACCAUAUUCACUGCCCACUCUCUGCCCCGCGACCCCCGGUUCUUUGCCACCAUGACGAAUGCAUAUCUGGGCACACGCGUGUAUUCUGACACGCUGCAUGUGAGCGGCGUGUACAAUGGAGCUGGGGCCCAGACACACCGGGCGGUGCUGCCCAGCCCCCUGGAUGUCCGGCUGGAGGCCCCUGCAGGCACAGGAGAACAGCUGACCACGACGUUUGCCCUGGACACCAACACCGGCUCCUUUCUGCACACCCUGGAGAGCCCCAGCUUCCGGGCCCGCCAGUGCAUCUAUGCCCACCGCACGCUGCCCCACGUCCUGGCUUGCAGUGUGUCCAUCACCCGCAUGGCCUCAGGGAGCUGGCCUAUCACAGUGCUACUGCAGUCGGCCUUCUCUCCAGAGAGCCCAGAUCUGGACCUGCAUCUGGGUCCUGACUUCCAGGGAGCCCGGUACUUGUAUGGCCACACGCUCACCCCUGAGCAGCCCAGCGGACGGCAGCAGGAAGUUCACAUGCUGUGGACACCAGUGCCCCCAGCCCUGACCCUUGAGGAAGGCAAGGAGGACGAGACCUGGGACUUCCUGACCGUGGUGGGUGGCAGCCAGGCUGAGGCCCAGGCCUGCCUUGCCAAGGCCCUGGAGCUGCAGGCCAGGAAUACCCUGUAUGCGUGCCACGAACAGGCCUGGGCCCAGCUCUGGGCGGGCUGUGGCCUGGAUGUUGCAGGGCCCGUGCCCCUGCGCCAGGCCCUGCGUGGCUCCCUCUACUAUCUGCUCAGUGCCCUGCCGCAGCCCGGGACCCCAGGAUACGUCUGCCACGGCCUCAGUCCCGGAGGCCUCUCCAAUGGGAGUCAUGAGGAAUGCUACUGGGGCCACGUCUUCUGGGACCAGGACCUCUGGAUGUUCCCGAAUAUCCUGAUGUUCCACCCAGAGGCCGCCAGGGCCAUCCUGGAGUACCGCAUCCGGACACUGGGCGGGGCCAGGGAGAAUGCCCGGACUCUGGGCUACCAGGGAGCCAAGUUUGCUUGGGAGAGCGCAGGCUCCGGCCUGGAGGUCUGCCCUGAGGACAUCUUCGGGGCCCAGGAGCUCCAUGUCACCGGGGCAGUGGUGCUGGCCUUCGAGCUGUACCACCACACCACCCAGGACCUGCAGCUCUGCCGAGAGGCUGGCGGCUGGGACGUGGUCAGUGCCGUGGCUGAGUUCUGGUGCAGCCGUGUGGAGUGGAGCCCUGAGGAGGAGAAGUACCACCUGAGGGGAGUCAUGCCUCCCGACGAGUACCACUCCGGGGUCAACAACUCUGUGUACACCAACAUCUUGGUUCAGAACAGCCUGCACUUUGCCGCCGCCCUGGCCCAGGAGCUGGGCCUGCCGGUCCCCAACCAGUGGCUGGAGGUAGCUGACAAAAUCAAGGUGCCCUUUGACCCGGAACAGAACUUCCACCCCGAGUUUGAUGGAUAUGAGCUUGGAGAAGAGGUGAAGCAGGCAGAUGUCGUGCUCCUGGGACACCCUGUCCCCUUCCCCCUGAGCCCUGAUGUCCGCAGGAAAAACCUAGAGAUUUACGAGGCUGUGACAUCUCCCCGGGGCCCUGCCAUGACUUGGAGCAUGUUCGCUGUGGGCUGGAUGGAGCUGAAGGACCCAGCGAGAGCGCGGAGCCUCCUGGACAGGAGCUUUGCCAAUGCCACUGAGCCCUUCAAGGUGUGGACGGAGAAUGCGGAUGGGUCAGGGACUGUGAACUUCCUGACGGGCAUGGGGGGCUUCUUGCAGGCUGUGCUCUUCGGGUGCACUGGGUUCAGGAUCACCAAGGCGGGCAUAACCUUUGACCCCAUGUGCCCAGCCGGGCUCUCUGGAGUGUGUGUCUCUGGCGUCUGCUACCAGGGGAACAAGCUCAACUUCUCCUUCUCCGAGGACUCUGUGACAGUUGAGGUCACAGCCCGGGCAGGGCCCUCUGCCCCACCACUGGAGGUCGAGCUGUGGCCAUCACAGUCUCGGCUGCCCCCGCCACCGGAACACCAGAUCUCAUUUCCCCACUCAGCUGGCCGGAUACAAAGGUCACCCCUGUAGCCGCCUGGAAGUUCCAGCUCUGGGCAUUUCCUGGGAGAGUUGUUUGAAGACACAAGACGCAGGCCUUGGACCCACUGGGCUCCUCCUCUGCCCCCAGGACACCCUUGGGCAGCCCACCAAGUGCCUUCCCCUAGGCCCCUCCCCCAGAAAGGCAGGGCUGUUGCUUCAGAGGCGUCCAUUGAGCCCUCCCUCUGGCCACCCCUCUGCACCCCCCUCUGACAUCCUGGCCUCCAUGCCUCCCACCCACCCUCCAGCUGUAGCCAGACUCCCAGGAGUCAGGGGAAGUCUGUCUCUUGACCUAAAGACUAAGGCUACCUGCCUCGGCCCCCUGGGCAGGUGGCUUACCUGCGGCUGUCUCUCGCAUCCCCACACCAUGUCUGACUGCCCCGAAGGCUGACACAGGCACCCACCAUCUCUGGGUACCCCCGCUUACCACCUCCCCUGGGACGCCGUCCCGAGCACCUGCAGCUGGGCCUGAGCCUGUGUGCUCACCCCUGGCAACUCGUCAGUGGACUCUUCCGGGUGCUGUGGCACAGGCCACAGGCCUGAUGGGGCCGUGACCAGCAUCCCCCCAUCCUCCAUGGAGAUGGUAAAAGAACUUGACUUGCAGUACAAUUGAGGGCCAGGCCAGCGGGGCCCAGGAACCCACAGGAUGUAAUGAGGCGUUCCCCGGCUCCUCUUGUCUCUAGCCAUUAUUCGGGCUGGACGGCCUCUGGUAUGGAUUGAGGUGUGGUGGGCAGCUUGUCCUCAACCGUAUGUCCUGUGAGAAGUGAAAUGGGAAAACGGGGUGCCACGACCAGAGAACAGAACAGGUAGAGAGACAGACAAGACCCGAAUCUCCCCACUGGUCAGCCGGAGGGCUCAAAGCCAAAUGCGCAUGGCUACAAGCCACAGCCGGGCCUGGACGCCUCCCUGGGCCCACCUUCCUGACCCCUGCCCACAGCCUCAGCUCCUAGGAGAGGUCCUUGGUGGUUCCCCAGCGGUGAGGUGAGACGGUGUCUGCGGCCCCAUCCUGACGACAGCCAUGGCCCCUGCGCAGGGCGGCUGAGGAAUUAAAGUUCAGCGCCAGGAGAGCUUUUCUCCUGUGAGGAGUCGA